UGAAACUUCGGCAGCUCAGGGCCAAUCGUCUGCGGUCGUCACCACGGUAGCGUAGCCACCACCGUUGCCGCCGUCGUUCGUUGAUUUUCCAAACAUUUGGUUGUCGUAUUCUCGUGAUAAAUCAUUUCGCGUGUCGUCCUGUGUCACUCCGUUGUUCCUGUUCUGCCGUGUGUGUCCAUUCCAUUGCCGUUACUCCAACGUCGUCUGACAUAACCGUCGUCGUCGUCGUCAACGUCCACGAUGGCCGUAACAAAUACAGUGGGUGAGUUGCAUUUUACGCACGCGGCAAAUUACUUCGGUCCGUGUGGUGUGUGCGGCCGUUAGUUGCAUAGCCAGCGUGUUCUUGACGUGUGGCCGCGGCUACCGCGUAUACGGAGGAGAGAAACGUAUCAUUCGCCGACCAUAGGGGGUGGUUAGAUGGGAUGAUUUUUGAUUAUACUCUUGUUAAAUAUCGCAUCCAAUGCUGCAGUACUCGGCGAACAAGUCUGUGGUUGACAAAUCCUUGUUGACGUUAUUUUUUUUAACUGUAGUAAACAAAUAUUAAAUAUGUAGCAGAAGUAAAUUUCGUCCAUCAGGAAUAGAUAUUUUUGGUAUGAUUAAUCUAUUGGUUGAUCAUCGUAUAAACUAAUGAGGACUAGUCACAUAUACUUGUAAUAUUUUAAUGAAACCGUCUAAUGUCAUUGUCUGUUACCGAUUUUCUUAUAAUUUAUAAAUUGCACUAUAUCCCUAUUCUUUGUUUAAUGAGUCAUUGUUUACUUAUUUAUCAUUUGAAUGAUGAAAAAAAAAUUAAUUUUUAUUAUAUUUUCUACUUAACCAUUGGUAGUUCAUAAUUACUUUGGAAUACCUAGGGUUAUUGCUAGCCAUAUCUAUUACUAUAAUUACUAGUAGACAAUAGUUUUUAAUUUUGGUCAAUUAGGGCUAAUUUUUAAAUUUUUUCCUUGAAAUUUUAUGUCUACUUAAAAAAAAAAAAUGAAUAAUAUUACGGUUAGGCUUUGGUUUAGGCUGUCAAUUGAUAAGAGCCCUCUAUGAUUUCUAUGAACAAUGAUAAUGCCAAUGUUUAAUGUCUUAAGUUGACUUUUUAAAGUUAUUUACCUAGGUACUUAUUAUAUUUUUUAUAAAUUAUUAGUAAAACAAAUAUUUUUGAGUUUUUUGUUUGGUUUUUUUUUUAUUACUUAUUUAAUGACUAUUAUUUUUUUCUUAGUGAUUCCAAGAAAUUUUAGACUUCUAGAAGAACUUGAACAAGGGCAAAAAGGUGUAGGUGAUGGCACUAUUAGUUGGGGUCUUGAAAAAGAUGAUGAUAUGACUUUAACUCAAUGGACUGGAAUGAUCAUCGGGCCUCCUAGGGUAGGUAUCUAUAUUUAGUAAAAUUACUUAUAAGUCCAUAAAUUGUUUUAAUAUUAAGUAUUAUUGUAUUUGGUUUACAGACUCCUUAUGAGAAUCGUAUGUACAGUUUAAAAGUAGAAUGUGGUCCUAUGUAUCCAGAUGACGCACCUGUCGCUCGUUUCGUUACACGCAUUAACAUGAAUUGUGUACAUAAUACAACUGGAUUGGUAAAUUUUAUAAUUCAUUUAUAUAUAUUUUUUUUAUUGUUUAUUUCUCAUAACAAAAGAAUACUGGGCCCUACUGAGUCUUGUGUGGGGCUCAAAAGUCUAAUUUAGUUCAUACAACAUAUAUAAUAACUUAAUUUAAAAAAAAAAAGAUAAUAUUUAUCAAGCUUAUUUAUUGAAACUAUUAUUAUUUUACAAUUUAUUAUACUAUUGAAAAUGGUACCCAGCUAAUGUGUUAACCGUUAUGAAAACAAUUAAGAUUUGAACUCAAAUAAAGCUUCUGAAAACAAAUUUGCUAUUUUAGUAUCUAAAUUUUCGAAAUGUAUUCCAAUAGUCACCAUCACUUAUAAAAUAUUUUUUGCUAAUCUUGUGUUGGUAUUAUAUGCAGUGUUUUUAGAUAAUAUAUUUUUCUGAAGAUAAGUUAUAGCGGCUUAGUAAACAAUUCUUUUAACUGUAUAAAGUAUACAGAAAUUAUUGAAUAAUUUGACAGUGUUUUAACAUUAACAAUUUUUGUUUAUAUCUUGAAAACCUUUUCAAAAGCCUCACCCAACCAAUGAUUUCAUACACUAUGAUUAGUUCAAUGAUAGAUUUAUAAACUGCACAGAAUUAGUUUCCUUCAAAGUUCUCUAAAUACUUAGAACAUUUUUCUGACUUAAUUUGAAACCGGGUUUACACGUUCAGUCCAGGUAAUAUUGUUACACAUUUCUGUACAUAAAUAAUUUGUAUAUUUAUUAGUCAUUAUUUGUUUUUCAAUAUGUUUUCAUUUGAUGAUUACAAGAGUAAUCAUGUGUAAGAAGAUAUUUUUUAUGUUCAGUAAAUUUUUUCUGUUUAAAAAUAAAUUAUUAAUCUACUAACAAUAAUUUGAUAAAAUGCAAAUAUGAUUUACUGGAUCCCAGAUUUCUCUACAGAAUACCAGACAAUUUUACUCUUGAGAGGAAUAGGUAAAAUAUUGAUUAUUUAUGUAUUAAAAUGUAUUGACAAUAUUGAAGUACACUACACAAAACUAUUUCCUUAUUACUCAAAACGCCUUUUAUUUUUAUCUGUUCUUUGCUAAUAUCCAAAUGUGAAAUAAGCCAAAGAAGUGAAUAUAACCUGAUUCUAGCGUGUUUUAGAUUUUGAAUGAGAAUAUUACAUAAUUAAUUUUUCCUUACAAGGUAUGUGUACAGAUUGAAUACUCUGAAUUAUUAAUUUUUAAUAAACAAUGAAAUUAUUUUCUUUAUUAAUUAUUUUUAAGUACUUGAUGGUAACUAAAUUGAAUUUGAGAUGUUUACACAAAUUAUAUAAUACACAUACAUUAAUUAUAUUAUUAUUAACUAUUUUGCAGCUAGUUAAUAAUUAAUGCCAAUUUUAAUUUAUAUUCAGCAAAUGCUAAGAUUCUAAGCAUAGUGAGGAAUGUAUUGCUUUUACUAUGCUGUGUUUUUUAUUUCUGCCAAUAAAAUCUUUUCAACCAGAAAUUUUCCUCCGAUCCUAAUUUUCGAGGGUGGUUUUCUUAAUGAUUGAGUAAAUAGAAGAAAAAAACCCGGGAAAUUAACUCAAUAACAGUUUUUUUUUUUUUUUGUAAUUUGGUUAAAAAAAUGUAAAUACCUUAAAUAUUCAAUGAAUAUAAUACUAGCCAUUUAAUUAUAAUUUUUAAAAUAUUCUAAUGAUUUUUAAGUGAUUAUAGUCUCUUGAAUGUGUAUAUGAUUUUAUGAGGUUAAAAAUAUUUUGGUUUCUCAUACAUGUUUGAGAACAAUUUAAGUUAAUAAGUUUUUUUAAUGGCAUUAUAAAAAUAUUGAAAAUCCUAAAAAUCACUGUAUUGUAGAAGCCUUUUAUUAGGAACACGGAUAAUUGAUACAAUAGCGUUAUUAAAUCAAAAUGUAUAGGAACGGACCAGUCAUAUAUUAAAACAAUAAUGUAUUAAAACCAAUUGUUUAUUAGAAACAAUCAGUUAAUUGACACAUUUCACUUCAGUCCAAAAUGUUCCUAAUAAGCGGUUUCUACUGUAUUCUGUGUACUUUUUCUUUUUAUUUGUUCGAAUAAAAUUAUUUUGGCUCUAUAAAAAUGCCCAUGUUCAAAACUUACCUACAAUAGUCGUACACCCAUGGUGCAGAUUAUAUUGGUCUUUUAAAAAAAAAUGUUUUAAUAACUUAGUAGUAUGUUCAAUGCUGCAACUACUCAUUUGUGUACAAGUAAAAUUGUAUUACCUCUUAUAUUUGGAAAGUUAUCAUUAUUUUAAAAAAAAAUGUGUCCUUAUAUUUCAUAUUCAGUUGAGUAUAUUUACUUUUUUAAGUCAUUGUGGUUAAAUUAAUGUAUGAUUUAUGUUGCAAAACUAGUAUAAUAUAUAUAUAUAUUGUAUACCUAAUAAUCAGAAUGUAUUUAUUAAUUUAAAAAUAUAUGUAAUUCUGAAAUAUUAUUUUAAUUUAGGUGGAUUAUAGACAAGUGCCAGUUUUGGCAAGAUGGCAACGUGAUUAUACCAUUAAAACUGUUCUACAAGAGCUCCGAAGAUUAAUGACACUCAAGGAUAACUUGAAAAUGUCUCAGCCACCAGAAGGUAGCACAUUCUAGCCAUCGCCGCUGUCUGAACCAUGGAAUAGCUUGUACCUUGCGCCUCGCUACCAACCCAUAGCUGCCGCACCGGUACAACCAACACAGCCAAUGCAAGCAGUACAACAGCAACAACAACGCCGCUUCAUUGGUCGAUGUCUGAGAAUUGUAUUUCCAUGCUGUUUUUAUACAGCUCCUCAGACUGACACCUAGAUUUUACCUAAAAUAUUCGGGAAAUAAUAAUAUCCCUAUCAUUUGUGGUAUUAAACAUAUUUCCACAAGAAUAUAUUAAGUUAUACAGGUCUUUUUGUUUUAUAAUUUUUGUUAAAUUUUUCAUUUAAUUUCAUGGUUCAGAAAGCGAUAUCACAAUUAGGCAUAUUUUAUUUACUAUUUAUUAUAUUAUAAUAUACUCGUAAAUAGUUACUUAGACAAUGUUUUAUUUUAAGUACUAAAAAAAAUUAAUUAAUUAUUUAAACAAUAAUAAUAAUAAUAAUGAAUAUCUUAUGAGACCUUUUUGUGAGUAGAUAAUUACUUAUUUAUUUUGAUCAUUGCUACUGGCUUGUAAUCAUAUACUCACGAUUGGACACUCAUAGACAUCAAUAGCCAAAAUCUAAAAAAAAUAAAUAUUUACUAUUUAUAUAAUAUUUAUACUGAUUUUACAUAUUAGAAUCACUUCAGUUUCUGUGUUAUGUGUUAUUUAUUAUACUAGUUUUUAAGAGCAUGUAAAAAUUCAACACAUUUUAUGUUUUAAAUGAUAAAGAAAAUAAUUUUGCCUCAAAUAUAUUUUUAAAAUUCAAUUAUAUAUUUAUAUACAUACAUAUUUUUUUUAAUUGAAUACAUUUUUAAAUAUGCGGGCAAGCCUGAUAAAGAAAGUAAAAUAAAUACUUCUAACAUUUUCUUGUAAUUUGAAAUGUUUUUCUUUUUAAAUUUUACUUACAAUUAAAUUUGAUAAUUCGUUGUUGAUUUAAAACUAUUCCAAUUUUAAUUAUGUAUUAAUAAAUACUAAGACCUUUGCCGGUAUUAUUAUUUUAUAUAAAUUUUUUUCCGGCAGGUUAUAUAUUCUGGUAAAUUUAUUGUGUAUAAAAUAUAUUAUUACAAUUAUUUACAAAUUAAAAUUGUUAUAGAAUAGUUUUUAUUGUUAAAGAUCAGCAACGAUUAAAAAUAUAUUUCCAAUAACUCUGUAAAUAAUAUAUUGAAUGUUUUAUACAAAUUAGGAUAGUAUUCUAUUAAUAGAUACUAUCUUAAUUUAUGAUGAUACAUAAAACUAUUCAAUUAUUUAGUUUAUAAAUUAUUUUGUCUAUACUAUUGGUAAUAAAUUUCAUAUUUAAUUAUACAAAUAUACUUGUUGAAAAACAUUAAUAUUCAUAUAUCAACGUACAUAAUUUUUUUAAGUUGAGAAUUAAAUUUCUAAAAACAUUAAGGUAAAUUUAUUAAGUAUUAAAUGAUUGAAAAUUAAAAUAAAUUGAUUGUUUUUAAACAAAUUAAUUUAUUCACUGUUGG